GUAUGCAAGCUAUAGGUCUCGUGUCCGUAUAGUGAAUUUAGUGAACUAACGAAUAUGAGUGAGAUACGAAGGAGUGAUAAAUGUAUUAUUUUUAUAUAACGGAUCUAGAGAGAGAGAGAGAGAGAGAGAUAGAAAGAAGUUGCGCAAUGCAUGCCAGCACAGUAGCAGGCGAAAUCACGCCGGUUAGAUACAAUUAUCUUUCGCUCUUGAACUUAUGAUUACAUUUCAAUCACGAUAAAGUAUAAAGGGAAAGGAAAACACACACAUUCAGAGAUAAUAACAACAGGUUAUUUGGUUCACCGAGUUGUUUCGAUCGAAACACGCUAAAAAUGAACCAACCGGUCGCUCGCGCCAUUUAUUCCGCGGCCGCCGCAGUUGCUGGACGACGAUCGAACGCGUUCACUUGUCCUGUUCGUCGAAUUCAAUUAUCAUCCAGAAACAUGGUUAUCGCACUCGGAGACAACCUUCCGGCAAUCGAUCUCUACGAGAACACACCAGCAACCAAAGUCAAUCUCGCUAGCGAAGCUGCUGGAAAAAAAAUUAUUAUCUUCGCAGUUCCCGGUGCGUUCACACCAGGAUGCUCCAAGACUCAUUUACCUGGCUUCGUUCAGAAAGCUGAUGAGCUCAAAUCCAAGGGAGUGUCAGAAAUUUACUGCGUCAGUAUCAACGAUCCGUUUGUGAUGGCUGCGUGGGGCAAAGAUCAAAAUGCUGAUGGAAAAGUGCGAAUGCUCGCAGACCCAACUGGAGAGUUUACAGAUGCUCUGGAACUGUCGGUGGAUUUGCCUGUACUUGGAGGCAAACGCAGUAAACGUUAUUCCAUGGUUGUUGAAGACGGAGUUGUUCAAGAACUCAACGUUGAGCCAGACAAUACCGGCCUAAGUUGUUCUCUGGCCGAUCAUAUCAAUGUUUAAACAAAAACAAAAUAUUGCUUCGUUGCAUGAGUAUCUUAUGGGAUGAUUGGAUUCGUUUGGGCACUUUACAUAUAGAGCCAGUAUCAUCAUAGAAAUAAUGACAAUGUGACACGGAAUCAGUGUAUUUUUCGAUAAUUUCAAUUUACACUGAAAAAAAGUAAGAAAAUAUUGAAAAAAUUCAUUCGCAAGCGAAAACCAAAAAGACAUACGUGCGUACUAUGAAUCACGAUGGGUAGAAACUGCAAACUCUUGUGUACUCCACGCUGUACUAUAAACGUUUGUAAUAAAUAGAAUUUGUGCUUGCACGAUAAAAUACCAAA